GAUAUAGCAAUUAGCUGCGAGGGCUGAUAGAGGGAGCAGCGACAAGAGGGCGAUGCCGGUGGCAAAGCGAGAAACGAGUGAUGGCAGAGUCAUCGCUCACGUCGACAUGGAUUGCUUCUACGUUCAAGUGGAGCAGAGGAAGCAGCCAAAUUUACGGGGAUUACCCACUGCAGUCAUACAAUACAACUCAUUCAAAGGUGGCGCUUUGAUUGCUGUUAGCUACGAGGCUCGCAACUUUGGUGUCAAACGUUCAAUGCGUGGUGAUGAAGCAAAGGACGUGUGCCCGCAAAUUCACCUGGUCCAAGUCCCUGUGGCGCGUGGUAAAGCCGAUCUCAAUAGCUACAGGAACGCAGGAUCUGAGGUUGUUUCUAUUCUUUCAAAGAAGGGUCGUUGUGAGAGGGCUUCGAUUGAUGAGGUAUAUCUUGAUCUCACUGAUGCUGCUGAAACAAUGUUAUUGGAAAUGCCUCCAGAAGCUAGAGAGGAUAUUGAAGAGGAAGUUCUCAAGUCACAUGUUUUGGGACUUGAAAUUAAGGAGGGAAUUGAUGCCAAAGAAGAAGUCAGGAAAUGGAUUCGUAGGGGUGAUGCUACUUAUCAAGACAAACUUUUAGCUUGUGGGGCCUUUAUUGUUGCCAACCUUAGGAUGCAAGUGUUGAAAGAUACAGAAUUCACCUGUUCUGCUGGUAUUGCUCAUAAUAAGAUGCUAGCGAAACUAGCCAGUGGAAUGAACAAACCUGCACAACAAACUGUUGUGCCGCAGUCAUCGGUUGGAGGGUUGCUCGAGUCAUUGCCAAUAAAGAAAAUGAAACAGCUGGGGGGAAAGCUGGGCAGUUCCUUACAAAGUGAUCUCGGUUGCAAAACUGUUGGUGAUUUGCUUCAGUUUUCAGAGGAGAAGCUACAUCAGCAUUGCAGUAACUGGUUGUGGAAUAUUGCAAGAGGAAUAAAUGGCGAAGAAGUUGAGGGGCGACUACUUCCCAAGAGCCAUGGUUCUGGCAAAACAUUUCCUGGGCCUCAAGCUUUGAAGACACUUGCCUCUGUUCAGCACUGGCUUAAUGAAUUGUGCGAAGAGCUAAGUGAACGUCUUCAGUCUGACUUGAACCUAAACAAACGGAUUGCGCACACACUAACACUGCAUGCUAGAGCAUAUAAGAAAGGAGAAUCAGAUUCACUUAGAAAGUUCCCUUCUAAAUCUUGUCCUUUAAGAUAUGGAACUACAAAGAUUCAAGAAGAUGCCCUCACUCUGUUUCAAGCUGCAUUACGUGAAUUUUUGGGCUUUUGCAUCUCUAAGACUCAUGGGAAUGAAAAUAACAACUGGGGAGUUACAUCACUGUCUGUUUCUGCUAGUAAGAUUGUCCCCAUACCAUCUGGGACACAUUCCAUCGUAAAAUAUUUUGGUGGGCAAGUUCCAUCUAGCUCAUCAUUUAAUCAACCACUAGGCAAUGCAUUUGAUGAAGCUGUACCAUCAUCUCCAUCAGGUAGUGAAAAUUGUUCAGGAUUAAUUUCCUAUGAAUUACAGCAAAAUUAUCCUGGUGGAGAUACGGAAAUUAAGAAUUCAGAGGCUUGUUUGCAUGAACAGGAUCCAUUGUGUAAUUUAUCCAGGAAAGUAGAUAGCUUGCCCAAAGAAUCCUCCCUUGAGUCACCUGCAGGAAGUGAAGACAGAACAACAAAGAGUGAACCAUAUAGAGAGUUACCUGCAAAAGAUCCUAGGCCUCUUUCUAGUACACCCAGUUUGAAAGCAGUUGAGAAGAAAAAAACUGCGGGAAAUAACCUUAAGGGGAAUUGUUCAAUUAUGGAUUUCUUCAAUAAUUACCAAAAUUCCCAGUCUUCGUUGGAGCAUAAGAAUGUGACAAAUGCCCAUGAUGUUAAAACAGCAUCAUCAUUUGGACUUCCGUCUACCAUGGAUAGCUAUUCAACAUGCAAUCAAAUUGAGCAGCCGGCUGAGAGAUGCCGUGAAGAGAUCGAUAGUAACGUUGGGGAAUGUAGUGUGCCUAAUAUGUCACAACGGCGACAAGCUUGGGACUAUAACAUUGAUGAGAUUGACCACUCUGUCAUUGAAGAAUUACCACCAGAAAUCCAGCAAGAGUUUCAAGCCUGGCUUCGACCUCACAAGCGGCCUAAUGUACCUAACAGUAAAAGAGGUUCCAGUAUUACUCACUAUUUCUUACCAGACAAAAGUAGAUGAAAUGAUUUGGUCUGCUGUGCAUAGUGUAAAUAUUUUAGAAAUAUGCAGUUGCUUUGUGAUUGACGGCGAUUUCAUGGAUUCAACAUGAGGCAGAAAGUUGUAUUAUAUGAUGCUUCUUGUAAAUGCAUAUUCGACAUUAUGCUAUCU